UAAUGAAAAUUGUUACGUAAACAAGCACGUUACCUCGUUAAUGAGAAUCGGUCACUUACAUUGAAAUUUAAACACCACCUGACUUCAGUUGAUAAUUUUUUUUCAAAAUGAACUCGCAAGUAUUCGAACAAAGUGCAGAAUUUGAAGCUCAACAAAUAAAACUACUAAGUACUAAUGGACAAAUAAGACCACCACCGGCACCGCCUCCAUUAUUGUUCUCGAGACGAUUUCUUGUAGCUACGAUAAUAUGCAUAGUCAACGUACUCGGUUCUUUUGUGCGGAACAAUAUCAUCAUAGCAGUUGUAGCAAUUACUUCAGUUGGACAAAUUAAUUCUACGGAACCUCAGGCUCCAGAAUACAACUGGGAUCCCACAGAUAUUGGAUUAAUUCUGAGUAUAUCGUUUUACGGAGGAUUAUUGUCUUUUACGGGAGGAUACAUAGUGACCAAACUAGGAGCUGCGUUUAGCUUCGCCUUACUACUCAUGUUGACUGGGCUUUUCACAAUACUUCAACCACUCAGCUUACACUAUGGAUUGAAUUCAUUUUUAUUUUGCCGCUUUCUUUUUGGAAUAUUCGAUGCUUUCUCCAUAGUAAGUUCAUCGGAAUUGAUUUCCAAAUGGACGCCAGAGAAUGAAAAAUCCAAGCUGAUAUCCUACAGUACGAGCGGACUAAACAUAGGUAUAGCAAUCACACACAGUUUUUGCGCGUUUCUGGCUAAUGGAUGGGGAUGGCCAAUGAUAUUUUAUGUGACAGGUGCUCUUCUCGUAGUCGCGUCGUUAUUUUGUUACAUUUUGAUUGAAAACCAACCUUGCGAAGAUAAAAGAAUCUCUAAGAACGAACUCGAGUAUAUUCAACAACAGACAAAGACAAUUUCAAAACAAGCAGUCGCACAUCCUUACAAACAAAUAUUCUCAUCGCCAGCGAUUUGGGCUUUCCUGAUAACCAGAUUCACUUAUAUGUGGAUGUUCACUAUUUUAGUAACUGGUUUUCCUUUGUACGUAAAAGACAUAACUCGAGAAGACAUCAGUAAUGUUGGAAUGCUUUCUUCAAUACCUAACAUUGCGAGCAUUUUUAUGUUUCCUAUAUGCGGGGUAUUACUGGAUCAUGGGAAGAAAAAAAUUUCAGAAACCGUGAUUCACAAGGUACUUAUUGUCGGCGCGUUCUUUCUCUGCAGCACUUCAUUCGCGACUUCAGUGAUCACAUCUAAUUUCAUCGUAUCGCUAAUUUCUUUCGUAAUAGCUCAGAUGUUGUCAUCCAUAGUUUCUUCGGUUUCAAGUGUAAUGAUUGUUAUAAUAGCACCAAACAGCACUAGUGUUAUAGCUGCACUAAGUACUUUCAUGAUAUCAUUUGGUUGUAUUUUGGGACGCAGUGCAACCGGAUUCAUGAUCAAAGAGCAUAGUUUAGAAGAAUGGAAUAAUCUGUUCAUUUUGACGAGUGGCAUUUCAAUGUUGAAUGCUGUAUUGUUCGUGCUGUUUGGCUCCAGUGCACCUCACACGUGGCCAGAAUCACAAUCAUCAUCACCCAUAGAGAAACAAGACGAGCUUAAAAAUCAGCCAAUGAAAAAAAUGAGCAGAUAAAAUCUGAGACGUGUAAUUUACGAGCAUUAAACUCGGUUAUUUAUUUGUAUGAAAAUGCAAACGUGAGCUGGCUGACAAGCAUUUUCCCACAGCUUAACAAAUAAAUGAGCAACUACAUACUUUCAUUUAAUAAUAAAAGAUUAUUCUGGCAA